AUGACACCCCCCACUUCCAUCCUAAUAAUCGGCGCCGGCGAACUCGGCACCGCCAUCCUCGCCGCUCUAACCACCCACCCGGCCUACACCCACCCCAAACCCAAUUCCACCCCCGCCAAACUCGCCCUCCUCCGCCGCCCCUCCACCCUCGCCUCCACCGACCCAACCACCCUCGCCUCCCUCACCGCCCUCACCACCCGCGGCAUCACCCUCGAAGCAGGCGACUUCGCCACCACCCCCGUCCCCGAGCUGGCCGCCACCUUCAGCAAAUACGACGUGGUGAUCCAAGCGGGCGGGUACGGCGCGGCGCCGGGCGUGCUCUUGCGGGUGGCGGAAGCGGCGGUGUUAGGCGGCGUGCGCCGGUUCUUGCCGUGGCAGUUUGGGGUGGAUUAUGCUGUGUUUGGGGCGGGGGAGGGGGGUGGUGUGGAGGGGAGAGGGAACGGGGUGGACGGUGGUGUCGACGGGGCUGUUUAUGAGUUUUUGUUUUUGAGGGGGUUUGGGGUGGUGGAUUUGAAGGGGAGGGUUGUGAGGGGGUUGGGGGCGUGGGGGAAUAGGGUGACGGUCACGGAUGUGGAGGGGAUUGGGCGUGCGGUGGCGGAGGUGGUGUUUGAACCGGGGGAGACGGAGAAUAGGGUGGUGUAUGUGGCUGGGGAUACGGUGUCGUAUGGUGAGGUGGCGGAUAUUGUGGAGGCGGGGUUUGGUGGUGGGUUUAAGCGGGAGCUGUGGGAUCGGGACUUUCUGAGGGAGAGGCUUGAGCAGGAGCCGGAGGACUUGAUGUUGAAGUAUCAGAAUGUGUUUGGGGCGGGGGUUGGGGUGUCUUGGGAGAUGGAGAGGACGCUGAACUACCGGCGGGGGGUGAAGCUUACUGAUCUACGGAAGUAUGUGGAGGACAACAAGGAACAGUUGCUGGCGUCGGCGGACUAA